AUGCCGAUGUGCAUGAGAAACCGAUAUAUAGACGAAAUGAAUUAAUGCGCGAAUUAUUUCAAGCUAACCGCACCUUUAAAUAGAAAGAAGGAUAUCCGAUAUGGGACCAUCACCUGUUUUAUCUGAAAAUGGAAAGAAAAUAAGUGACUUACCUGAAAAUCUGUUGCUGAAAAUAUUUGGUUACCUACCUGUGAAGGAAUUAUGCAUUAUCGGAAGAGUUUGCAGACAAUGGAGAAGAAUUGUUCGUGACAAUUCCCUAUGGAGACAUGUGGAUCUUCUCAAUUAUCGUCUGGAUCUGAAGAAGAUGUGGAAAGUGAUACGCAGUCAUCUGUCGGAAUGUUUAAUUUCCAUUAAAGUCAAAGGUUUCAUGGACACUGGGAAACCAAAGUCAGGAGCCCAUUCAUUAUCUGAUGCAAUGCUGAAUGAUUUAAAAGACAGAUGUCCAAAUCUGGAAGAAAUACACCUGAAAAACUGUAACACAACAAACCUGAACCCAAAACUUUUUCCAUCAACACUUGUGAAACUAACGCUAGAAAACUGUGCAGUACAGCCAGGUUUAAUGAAGAAUUUUAGUCAAGAUUUACCCCAGCUUUUAUUUCUAAAUGUAUCAGGAACUGUUAGGUUUGAUGACAUAGAGCUCUCUUACUUAUGUCAGGCAGAGCAAUUAAAAGUAUUAAUUAUAGUUAAUGGCUGUUAUUGUGUGUCUGUAGAAAGUCUAUCAAAAAUAGCUCAAAACUUGAAAAACCUACUAGAACUUGAGUUGGCAGAUACAGGCAUAAAGAAUACAAACCAGAAUCUUGAGCUAGCAGUUCAUCACAUGACACGGAACCUGAGUUCUUUACAGCAUUUAAAUUUCAAAGGUUGUGCUUCAUUAUCCCCUGUAAUUCUCCAGAACCUUUUGUCAGGUUUAAAAAAGUUAAAGAUACUUAAUAUUGCUUGUUGUUCAGAUGUUAAGUACACUUCUCUUGUAAGUAUGGAACAAAACAUGAAAGGACUGAGGCUGUUGGAACUUUGUGAGUCUCAGAUGGAGGGACAUAAUAUAGAAGGUCUGGAGUCCCUUCUUCUGGAGUGUUCCGUUCACUUGGUGGAACCCUGUACCUGUAAAUGUCAAAGAUAAAUGUACAACUAGUACCAACUACUGGAACCAGUUCAUUAUUAGACACAAAUAAAUGAGCUCUGUCUUCAAUAGCUACAUUAGUUGACUUAAAUAAACUUAUUUGAUACAGAUAUUAAAUGAAUGAAUUAUAUCUGUGUAGUUCAGAUGAAAAAAUUAGAUUUUUAUGAUCAUACAGAAUGAUGAUAUGCAAGAUAUUUACCUAUUAGAGAAUCUAUUUUUUGAGUUUGAGAUUUUUAAAAUUAUAAUUUGAAUCUGUUUUUUACAAACAAGAAUAAUUAUUAAUUUCAGAGAGUAAAAUAUAUUUAUUU